GUUCUUUGGGAAGGAUGGACUGUAACAUUGAAUCAAUUACAGCUCGCUGUGGUGCAGGCGCAUUUGUGCGAGCGUCCGUGGAGCGGGACGGAGGGAUGCACGCAUGCUAGCUCUCAGAAGCGGACCGUCGCUCAGACAGGAUUAGGACCUCCACAAAAGUGAGGACCCUUGCCAGCGCGCACUGGAGUAUUUUAUAGGAGUUUGGCCAUCCACUUUACGUUUUCUUUACGGAGGAAAAACCAAAGGGAUUUUUAAAAGCUGAAUACGACUUAAGCAACCAUGGAGACCGUGCAAACGCAUCUCCUUCUCGGGGCUGUGCUGGUCAGCAUGCUGUCAGAGGUUUGGAGAGUCGCGUGCGCACUCCCUCCACCGACCAUCGUUUCCAACCAAGAAGAGUUCGUGCUCGAGCCGCACUCCGGUUUUAACGUCAGCUGCACGGGGAAGAAAAACGUGGUCUGGGAAGAGCCGUUACCGAGCAAUGCCCACGUCCUCCCGGGAUUCUACACCGCGACCCUGCUGAUAAACGACGCGGCGGUCCACCACACGGGACACUACACGUGCGUUUACGAGAGCACGGGCGGUGUGCGCGAUGACAACGAUAACAACUCUGCCAGUAUCUAUAUUUUCGUCCCAGAUCCUCAAGUGCCGUUUGUGCCCGAGGACCCAAAGAGCGCGCACCCAUUGAGCAUUCCCUGUCGCGUGACGGACCCCCUGGCAAGCGUGGUUCUCCGCAGCCUGCCGCGUGGAGACGAGCUCAGCGCUCUCUACGACAACAAGCACGGCUUCCUCGGCAUGUUCGCCCCCGGGCGCUACGUGUGCGAGACCGUCGUGGGCGGCAGGACGGUCCGGAGUGUGGAGUACACCGUGGACGAGGAGCCGGAUAUGUAUGAAGCGAUGGAUUUCAGUGUUGAACUCCAAGCCAGUCAUAAGGAGGUGAAGGAAGGAGAACCGUUCAACAUCACCUGUGAGGUUCCCACUGGUGCCCCCUACCUGCAGCAGUGGGUGCACCUCAGCAAGCAGGCUGUAGGUGCUGUUCAGAUGAAGCAGACCUUUCCUGAUAAGGUUCUGUACGUACUUAGUAUCCCACAGGCCUCUCUGGCCGACUCCGGCUUCUACGAGUGCUCUGUCACUGAGCAGCACAGUGGCACGACCCGGACCUCCCACGUGACUGUCUCAGUCCACCAGAGCUCUGUGGUGGUGCUGGACCCCAGUGGGAUCGGACCGCUGGAGACGGCCACUCUCCUACAGGAGACCGAGUUCACCAUCUACAUCCAUUCCAACAUUCCUCCAAAGGUCACGUGGUUCAAGGAUGACCAUGCGCUGGAGGGCCCUCUGGUCACCACCAGGACCACUCUGCUAGACGACAAGAGGUACGAGAGUGUUUUGGUGCUGAGUCACCCUGCGGAAGAUGACUGUGGGACAUAUAAGAUUGUAGCACAGGCCGGCUCCCACACCGCUGAGUUCUCCUUCAUGCUCCAUGUCCAAGCCACAGAUCUGCUGCUGGCCCACUCUUUGCGGGCUCCGGUUAUCUGGCCCAAUCUGGACACCAUGGUGGUGUCCCUGCACUCUACCUUCAGACUUAUAUGUCAUGGUCAGGCAGAACUCAUGUGGGACAGCCCCGUGGUCCUGGACAAGCAGAUGCUCAGCCAAAAGCAAGGCCUCUACAUCUCCACGAUGACCGUGGACAACGCAACAGCAGCACACACAGGGGAGUACAUCUGUGAAUACCACCACAGGAACCAGACUGAUGAGAGCAGCAUCUACGUCUAUGUCCCAGACCCGGACAUGCCAUUCGUUCCCCCGGUGAUACCUUUUGCGAAUCACGUGCUGACCAAUCUGGAUGAGAUGGAGGUGCCGUGUCGCGUGUCUGACCCAAGCACCAACGUCACGCUGGUCCAUGUGGAGGCGGGGCAGGUGGUCCCGGCCCUCUACGACAGCAGGAGGGGCUUCCUUGGCCUCUUCACCGCUGGCACGUACGUGUGCCGCACUCUCAUCGGUGGCCAGGUGCACGACAGCGAGGAGUACAUCGUCCACGGCUGGACUGGAGGUUCGGGGCUGCGUGUGGAGCUAAACACAGACAGGAAGGCUCUGCUGCUGGGGGAGACCCUCACCGUGAGCUGUGUGGCCAAGGGCAGUGAGAUGCUGGAAGACCACUGGAAAUACCCCGGCAAACUGGUUGGCCGGGGAACAAAGACUGUGAAGGAAAAUAAGAGAGACGAAGAGAUUUUGUACACCCUGACCGUGUCCAAUGCCACUACUAAGGACAGCGGUGUGUACACCUGCUCCAUCACAGACAUCAUGAGCAGUGAGACUCAAACCAAGGAGCUUAGCAUCACCGUCUACGAGAUGGAGUUCGUGUCCGUGGUUCCCAUGUUUGUCGCCAUGGAGACGGCCAAACUGGACGAUGUGCGUGAGUUCUGCGUGGACAUUGAGGCACUUCCAGCCCCAGAGGUCACGUGGCUAAAGGACGGCAUCGUCCUGGGCGACGUCUCGGCGGAGAUCGCCACCUCCACACGGGCGAUCAGCGAGACCAGGUACCAGAGCAUUCUGACUCUCAUCAGGGCUAAGGCUGAGGACAGUGGUAACUACACCGUGCGAGCUGAACUUGGCAACCUGAGCGUCAGCCACUCCUUCACCCUACAGGUCAAAGUUCCUCCGGCGAUCGUGGACCUGAUGGACCUCCACCACGGCUCUGCGACAGGCCAGGCUGUGGUGUGUAUUGCUGGAGGCUCCCCCAUCCCAGAGGUGGAGUGGUACAUCUGCACAAACAUCAAACACUGUGCCAAUGACUCGACCCAGUGGUCACCUCUGCAGACCAACACCACAGGGGUCACAGUGGACACACAUGUGGACCAGAACAAGCAGCUGGAGAGUCAGGUCAUCUUCGGUCAUUUGGAGAACACGCUGGCCGUGCGCUGCCUGGCCCGCAACGACAUGGCCGCCGUCACGCGGGAGAUCAAGCUGGUGUCCACCGGUCCUCACUCUGAGCUCACGGUGGCGGCUGCAGUUCUGGUUCUCUUGGUCAUUGUCAUCAUCUCACUCAUUGUGCUGCUCAUUAUCUGGAAACAGAAGCCUCGCUAUGAGAUCAGGUGGCGGGUCAUCGAGUCGGUCAGUCCAGACGGGCACGAAUACAUUUAUGUGGAUCCUAUGCAGCUUCCUUAUGACUCGCGUUGGGAGUUCCCACGCGAUGGCCUUGUCCUGGGCCGUGUUCUGGGUUCGGGGGCCUUUGGAAAGGUGGUGGAGGGCACCGCAUAUGGUCUGAGUCGUUCUCAGCAAGUCAUGAAGGUGGCAGUGAAGAUGCUCAAACCGACAGCACGUUCCAGUGAGAAGCAGGCGCUGAUGUCUGAGCUGAAAAUCAUGACUCAUCUGGGCCCGCACCUCAACAUCGUCAACCUGCUGGGAGCGUGCACCAAAUCAGGUCCUAUCUACAUCAUCACUGAGUACUGUUUCUAUGGAGACCUGGUGAACUACUUACAUAAGAACAGAGAUGGCUUCCUGAGCAGACACCCAGAGAAGACCAAGAAAGACCUGGACAUCUUCGGGAUCAACCCCGCAGACGAGAACAGCAGGAGCUAUGUGAUCCUGUCCUUUGAGGAGAAGGGUGACUACAUGGACAUGAAGCAAGCAGACACCAUGCAGUAUGUCCCCAUGCUGGAGAGAACCAACACAGCAAAGUACUCUCAUCUCCGUGGAGACGACUAUGACCACCCUCCCUCUCACAAGCACGGCAGCGAGAUUGAGGUGGAGAAGCUUCUCUCCAAUGACUCUGAGGGUCUGACCACGAUGGAUCUUCUUAGCUUCACCUAUCAGGUGGCCAGAGGGAUGGAGUUCUUAGCCUCUAAAAAUUGCGUGCAUAGAGACCUGGCAGCACGUAAUGUGUUGCUGUCCCAGGGAAGAAUUGUGAAGAUCUGUGACUUUGGGCUGGCCAGGGACAUCAUGCAUGACAACAAUUAUGUAUCCAAAGGAAGUACCUUCUUACCGGUGAAGUGGAUGGCCCCUGAGAGCAUCUUUGAUAACCUCUACACCACCCUGAGCGACGUCUGGUCUUACGGCAUCUUACUGUGGGAGAUCUUCUCCCUUGGAGGGACUCCUUAUCCCGGCAUGCUUGUGGACUCCAGCUUCUACAAUAAAAUCAAGAGUGGCUACAGGAUGGCCAAACCGGAGCAUGCAACCAAUGACGUUUAUGAGCUGAUGGUGAAGUGCUGGAACAACGAGCCAGAGAAGAGGCCAUCCUUCUGGAGCCUGAGUGAGACCGUGGUCUCCCUGCUGCCUUCCGCUUACAAGAGGAACUAUGAACGCGUGAACAAUGACUUCCUGAAGAGCGACCACCCGGCGGUAACACGGGUCCAGUGUGUGCAGAACGACAACGCCUACCUGGGCGUGGCUUAUAAGAACCAGGGCAAGCUACGGGAGCGUGAGAGCGGAUUGGACGAGCAGAGACUGAGCUCUGACAGUGGCUACAUCAUCCCACUGCCCGACCUCGACCCGCUCUCCGACCAGGAGUACACCAAGAGGAACCGCCACAGCUCCCAGACGUCUGAGGAGAGUGCUAUAGAGACAGGGUCCAGCAGCUCCACUCUACCCAAGCGGGAAGGAGAGACACUUGAAGAUGUCACUCUGUUGGACGAGAUGUGCCUGGACUCGGGGGACCUGGUGGAGGACAGCUUCCUGUGAGAGGUGGAGCAAGACACAGAGACAGAAAAGGAGGGAGGGAGGCAGAGACAAAGAGAUGGAGAGAGAGAGAGAGAGAGAGAGAGAGGGAGAGAAAGACACUCUGUUCUCUAAAAACAACCUUCCUAAAGGAGCUGAAGAAAGUUGGAGAAAAAUUCAGACAUCAACGUUAAACCACCUCCAGACGACCUCUCUCAUCCGUCUUCCUCUUCUCCAAACUCCUCCUCCCCAGACCUGUUCAUCGCCCCACAAACCCCUGAGAAUAACCACUUCACUGCCUGGAUGUCCUGUGAGGUUCUUGUCGGUCGGCUUGUGGUUACACACAGUGCCCUCUACUGGGGUGGAGGAUAGCCCGGUAAAAUGCUGUUCUGUGUGCAAACACGCAAAAGUCUGACUCAGUGAGUGUUUCUGUGGAACCGACCGGCGUUCUGAUUUUCAACCUGCCUCUCAGGCAACUGAGACUUAAGAGGAAACAAGAUGGAGAAGGUUUCUGUUUCCAUGUGUAUUGAUGUUUUUAUUGUAUAGGACUUUAUCUUGGGCAUUUUUAACAGCUGAAUAAGCAGGAAUCAAUCAAAGAUCUGAUGUAUCAAAGACACUAUCAAACUCCACAACUGGUUACUUUCCUGAUUGGUCAGUCCAAGCUUCCAAGUACCACUACAAAAUGUUUAAUAAAUAUAUCUUACAAGGGCAGGUGACUGGACAAACAUGGACUGUUGCCUCUGUUCAAGUCCAUUGUGCUUUGUUCUCUCAAGAACAGCACAUCAAAAGAAAAGCACAAACUCUGAACUACAUGCGUAUACCAUUCCUGGUCCUUAUCAGUGUAUUGUCAGUGACUCCAUAAGUGCAUCCAUUUGAAUUUUAUUUUUUUAAUUUUUCCACAAGUAUAAAUGUGUACUAUAAUUUGUGAAUAUGGGUAAGGGAAGGGGAAAUUUUAUGGUCCUAAAUGAAGAAGACAGCAAUAAUGUUUUUGACUUGUGGGUCGCAUGCACCUUUGUGGCUUUAACCAUUGAAAAAAACAACAACAAACAAACCAUGAUACCAUUCCAAUUGUGACACAUCGCUAAGCCCAACCAAAGCUGGAACAGGUUGUACCUGUAUCAAGGUGACAGCCAGCAUGAUCGUCAAGGUUUCAGAUGUGUUUCCAGUGUGCACAGGAAGGUUUGACCCCGCGACCGGAGUGAUGACGCGGGCAGGCAACCAUUCCCACGACUUUAACGUCGUUAAUUCCCAGUCAUAUGAGGACAAUAAGCUGGAAUGUUUUGAUGCUGUAUGCGACAUUGUAACAUAUUCAUCUAUUCAUUCAUUUCUUUUUUGAAUAAUCUGAACCAAAUGAAAUAUAUUGGCAGGUUUAGAUGAUGUAUGCAAUGUUGUCCUUUAAUGUCGAAUAAGUCUUUCUUCUAGAGCUUAGGACCUGUGCAACAGUGAAACCAGGAAUGCUGUGAAUACACAGAGGGAUGGAGGGGUUCUAAAAAAGCACAGAGCACACUGACAUGCACCAGACCAGCAGGACCAGCAUGGUGAUUGCUAGUCAUUCAAGGGAAGGAGGGAAACCCCAGCCUGUCUGUGUUCUGGCUCUGUUCUGGCUCUGAUCUGGUUCUGUUCUAGUUCUUAUCUGGCUCUGUUCUGGUGCCUGAGCACCUCUGAUCCAACCAAUGAUUACUUAUUUCUGAUGUGCUCAAGUACUGCAAAAAAUCUAGACUGGUGGGGGACCAAAUUGGGAACAUGCUCUAGAAAAGUAGAGAACCAAACCUAGACACCUGUUUGUUUAUGAUUGCCAUGACAACCAGAAAAGGUAGCCAUUUCGGAGCAGAUCUGAUAUAAAACAUUUCUCUUGUCUCCAGUGUUUAAUGACUUCACCUUUAUCUGCUGCUGUGAGGGACUUUGUUGUGUUUAUUUGAUGCUCGUCCUUGUGUUUGAUGUGCGGUAGACAUUAGACCAGAGCUUUCACUGUGGAAGGAUUUGGUUUAAAGCCAAGCCUACUUAUAUGUCACCUGUGUCUUGGACUGUAGUCCUGAAGCAUCGUGGGAGAUUUCCUGUGUUACUGGUUUGAUGUUAUACAUCACUGCGUAGUAAAAGGCUUCUCAGUGUUUUUCCAUCCAGCGUUAUCACUGCCUGCCAUAGAGUCUGUAUCCUCCACGGCGAUCUACUCUAUGGACAUAAUGAAAAAGAAGAAAAAAAAAACAUUGCACUUUGUAGAUCUUUUCCUGCUUCUGUCGUUUUAUGUUUGUCUUGAUGGUGUCUGUGAUAAAAGAAACAGUUUUAAGAGUUUUAUUUGCAUCCAUUUCAAAAGUCAGUAGACCGAGUGUUUUUGCAGAAAGAGACUGAGAACUGAAAGGUAUGAAUUAUAUUCCAUGGUACAGUAUGUGUAAUUAUAGAUAGUUACUCACAAUACCAGAUGUUAUCCACCUGCUUUAUUAUGCAUUAUGACUAUGUACAUUCAGAUGAUUUAUAUUUCAAUAAAUGAGAUUUAAUAAUGAGAUUA